GAGUAUUCGGGUAUGUCCAGAAGGAUGAGUGAAUCGUAGGCUUCCCUUCCCGUAUCACGUGUCUUCCUUUUUGUUGACAACUGUCAUAUAUCGUCCUACUACUUUAUGUUAUACCGGCGAUCGCCGGCAUCGUCUGGUUAAACGUCUGCCUUGGUAGCAAGGUCUUCUAAAAAUGCCUAGGAAUGUUGAGAUCAAAGCCAAGUUAACUGAUGUUGAAUUUGUUGUCAGAAAAGCCAAAGAGCUCAGUUCCAGCGAGGGGGAAAUACAACGACAACAUGACGUGUUUUUUAACGUUCCAAACGGGAGACUGAAAUUACGUUAUAUGCAGGGCGGAGACGCGAUGCUGAUAUUCUACGACAGGGAAGAUACGCAGGGCCCGAAGCUGAGUGUGUUCGAGAAGGUGGUUGUCCCGAGUGGGGAGCUGACGGAGUCGCUGCUGAAGUCGGCGCUGGGCGUGAAGGGGGUCGUCAGGAAGACACGCCGGCUCUUCCUGGUCGGCCAGACCCGAGUGCACGUGGACAGUGUUCAGGACCUGGGCGACUACAUGGAGCUGGAGGUAGCAACCGAGUUCUUUCGAAGGUUUCCUCGUCAUUGCUCGACGUCCAACUGGCGUCCAGUCCAACACCAGGUGAUGCUGGAAGACUCUCAGUCGCUGGAGGACGGGCAGGCAAUUGCCAGGUCACUGAUUGGACAGCUGGGCGUGAGAGAAGAUGACCUCGUGUGCGGGGCGUACUUGGAUCUCCUGAACAGCUAGGCUUGGCUGGAAGAUUGUGGCUGAAAAAAGAGCUGUGAAUUUUUGUACCAGUGACGUAUGUGACAUCCUUCUGACGCCUUAUAAGGAUGCACACCUGUAGUAUUCAUAAUCUGUUCCUCUCUGCAGAUGUAAGAUGUUUCUGUGUCCCUUCCUGUGUUAGAAUAAUACCAUGUUUUUAAGAGUAAA